GCCGUUUUGGCUCAAGUAACACAUGUCGAGGUGGUGCCGGACCAUUUCGGAGCUCAGCUGACGCAGCCCGUUCUUAGGCGUCUGACUGUAUCUCCUUUCAGUGAGCUCUUUGGGGGGUCAUACAUCCGCCUUCGAUACCAGUUCGGAACGUCCUUUCGUCAGCUGCCGCGAUGGGGACAUUGCGCCCUGCUGAUCGACAGACGCGCCGAUCUGGGCGUCGGACACCUGGUCGGUCGACCUUUCCCUCCUCGGGUUCAGGCACACGCCGUUCUGCCAGCCGCAGUCCUGGCAGGACCGAGUCUCGCGAUGACCCGUCGAUUUCGCUCCAGCUUGAGGGCAUCACGGGGUCGUUCGCAUCUACGCACCAGAUGAUGAUGCAGAACACGCAGGACAUAAUCGACCUCCGCCCCCGAGUUCAAGGCAGUUUGAAUCGACGCUCCCAACUUUCUGAUCAGCUUGUACUUUGUGGCCAGGAUGUUCGUCGCAAACAUGACGAAUGGCAGAAUCCGCUCACGUCCGCCCUCAAGUCGCAGGGCGAUAAGAUCGAGCAGAUGGGGCUCUCGCUGGCUGGCCCCCCACUGGGCACGGCCACUGACCAGCCGAUCCCCGGGGCGAAGCGCGGAGAGCUGGAGUCCCAGGUUGACGAGCUGCAGGAGGCCCGACGCGUCACUGGGGCCAAAUCCUGCGAGAUCCAUCCCCCACCCGACGCCCGUUUCCUCGCCGCGCUCACAGCCGAGGCGCGCCGCUGGAGAAGUGGCAUCUGAGAGGCAGCAACACGAUGCCUGCAAGCUCGUGCCCUUAGGCUUCCCUCGCCCGUUUCUACUAGUUGAUAGCAACACAGAUGGCGCGGCAUGCAAGUCGACUUCUGCCCUAUUUGUAGACUCAGGCGAGCAUCGUUGCGAGUGCAUUCGACCUUUCGAAGAAUGGUACGCCGCUGCUCGAGCACCCCAACGACGCGAG